CCAGGAGCGCCCGCCCCCUGACCUGGCUAUAACACCCGGCCCCGCCGGGCAGCCGCGGGCGGGUAGAGGUGCGCGCCUGGGACUUGAACAUGAACUUCCCGUACCUCUGGCUAGAGCUGUUGCUGCCUUUGGUAGCUGCGCUGGAUUUCAACUACCACCACCAGGAAGGGAUGGAAGCGUUUUUGAAGACUGUUGCCCAAAACUACAGUUCUAUCACUCACUUACACAGUAUUGGGAAAUCUGUGAAAGGUAGAAACCUGUGGGUUCUUGUUGUGGGGCGGUUUCCAAAGGAACACAGAAUUGGGAUUCCGGAGUUCAAAUACGUGGCAAAUAUGCAUGGAGAUGAGACUGUUGGGCGGGAGCUGCUGCUCCAUCUGAUUGACUAUCUUGUAACCAGUGAUGGCAAAGACCCUGACAUCACAAAUCUGAUCAAUAGUACCCGGAUACACAUCAUGCCUUCCAUGAACCCAGAUGGAUUCGAAGCCGUCAAAAAGCCUGACUGUUAUUACAGCAUCGGAAGGGAAAAUUAUAACCGGUAUGACUUGAAUCGAAAUUUCCCUGAUGCUUUUGAAUAUAAUAAUGUCUCAAGGCAACCUGAAACUUUGGCAGUCAUGAAGUGGCUGAAAACAGAGACGUUUGUCCUCUCUGCAAACCUCCAUGGUGGUGCCCUUGUGGCCAGUUACCCGUUUGAUAAUGGUGUUCAAGCAACUGGGGCAUUAUCCUCCCGCAGCUUAACUCCUGAUGAUGAUGUUUUUCAAUAUCUUGCACAUACCUAUGCUUCAAGAAAUCCCAACAUGAAGAAAGGAGAUGAGUGUAAAAACAAAAUGAACUUUCCUAAUGGUGUUACAAAUGGAUACUCCUGGUAUCCACUCCAAGGUGGAAUGCAAGAUUACAACUACAUCUGGGCCCAGUGUUUUGAAAUUACGUUGGAGCUGUCAUGCUGUAAAUAUCCUCGUGAGGAGAAGCUUCCAUCCUUUUGGAAUAAUAACAAAGCCUCAUUAAUUGAAUAUAUAAAGCAGGUGCACCUAGGUGUAAAGGGUCAAGUUUUUGAUCAGAAUGGAAAUCCAUUACCCAAUGUAAUUGUGGAAGUCCAAGACAGAAAACAUAUCUGCCCCUAUAGAACCAACAAAUAUGGAGAGUAUUAUCUCCUGCUCUUGCCUGGGUCCUAUAUAAUAAAUGUUACAGUCCCUGGACAUGAUCCACACCUCACAAAGGUGAUUAUUCCAGAGAAAUCACAGAACUUCAGUGCUCUUAAAAAGGAUAUUCUACUUCCAUUCCAAGGGCAAUUGGAUUCUAUCCCAGUAUCAAAUCCUUCAUGCCCAAUGAUUCCUCUGUACAUGAAUUCACCAAGCCACUCACCGGCAACAAAGCCUAGUCUGUUCUUAUUUUUAGUGACUCUUUUGCACAUAUUCUUCAAAUAAAGUAAAAUGUGAAACUCAACCCACAUCAUCACCUGGAAUCAGGGAUUGCUCACUCCAGGUUACUGCAACCCCAGCUCACUUUAGUGGGACCUUGACUGGAGAAACUCCACGAUCUUCCUGAAGAAGAGAAAUGGAUGUUUCCAAAUUCCAUAGUAAGCAAUAUGUGGUGAUAAUGAAAGGAAUGAUUCAGUCUUGAUGAUGAAUGGAACACACUUACCUAACAAGUACUGCUCAUUUACACUCAAAUUAAUCUUGAAGUAGUCUUGAAAUUUGUAAAAAAAACUUGAGAAGCAAAAAAGUGCCCGCAAAAAGAAGAUCAUUUCGUAUACAGAGAACCUGAUGAAUAUAAGCAAUGAAGAUGAACAUUUAUUGAUCUUCUACAUACAAGACGUCACCAUGAGGCCAGGUGCAGCGGCUCACGCCUUUAAUCCCAGCACUUUGGGAGGCCAAGGUGGUCGGCUCACCGAGUCAGGAGUUCAAAACCAGCCUGACCAACAUGGUGAAACCCCAUCUCUACUAAAUAUUAGCGGGGCGUGGUGGCAGGCACCUGUAAUCCCAGCCUCUCGGGAAGCUGAGACAGGAGAAUCGCUUGAACCCUGGAGGCGGAGGUUGCAGUGAGCCAAGAUAGUGCUACUGUACUCCAGCCUGGGCGACAGAGUAAGACUCUGUCUCAAACAAAACAAAACAAAAAAACACCUCACCAUGAGUGCUGUAUGUGAAGAGAUACUAAGUGCCAUAUAUAAUAAGUUCUCAGAGAAGGGAGAGAUGAUCAUAGGACUGGGAAUUGUUUUGCAAAUGUUCUAGGAGGCGUGAGAGAAAAUACGUAACCAUGUCUCAGUGGCCCGAGAAAAUACAGGCCUGAAGGGAUAAGAUUGUGUCUCUCUACAGAGCCUCAAAGCAUACAGGUCAAUUAAGUAAGCUCCUCCCCCUCCAGAGCCAAGUGUCCCUAGCUUUUGGCACCUGGAUGCCACAGUCCUCUGUUAGGCUGAUGACUCCAAAGGUGUAACUCUAGCCUCUUGCCUGAGCUUCAGGCUCACGUCCCACUGCCGACUGGACACAUCCACCUGGAUGUGACUCACAGGUACCUCAAACCCAUCAUGUGGAGUUCCUCAUCCUGUUCCCCCUAGAGCUGCUCUUCCUGCUGCAUUCUCUCUCUGUUACUAGGACCACCAAGCUAGGAACCUGGGAGUCAUCCUUGAUACUUUCUCUUCCUCCUUAAUCCUGUGUAUUCAGCAAGUAAGUAAAAGUUGGUGUUGGCCGGGCAUGGUGGCUCACGCCUGUAAUCCCAGCACUUUGGGAGGCCGAGGCAGGCGGAUCACUUGAGGUCAGGAGCUCAAGACCAGACUGGCCAACAUGGCCAUCUCUGCUGAAAAAAAAAAAAUACAAAAAUUAGUCGCGUGUGGUGGCACAUGCCUAUAAUUGCAGCUACUGGGGAGGCUGAGGCAGGAGAAUCACUUGAACCCAGGAGGCAGAGGUCGCAGUGAGCCGGGAUUGCGCCAUUGUAGUCCAGCCUGGGCGAAGAAGCAAGACUCUGUCUCAAAAAACAAAAACAAAAACAAAAAAAAAGAUUGGUGUUAAUUAUAAAUAUGGACGAAUUCUGCUCUCUGCUCUCCAUGGUUGUCAACACUGCAAAGUUGAGACCUCGUAUCUCACCCACACUGCUGCAACAGCUUUACUGGUGCCUUGCUCCCAGCCUUCUCCUCCUCGGUCCAUCCUCCACACAGCGCUGGGGAAGAGGAGCCACUGAAACAAAAGUCAGCAACUGGUUGUAGUUCAUAAACACAGAGCUGUUUGUGUCCCCUGUAUCUGGAAUGCCAUUAUGACCCACUACGUUUUUUCUUUCCUACUCCCCUUAAAACUCAGUUCAGGUAGCAGCUCCACUAGGAAGCCUUGGCUGACCAUAAUCCCAUUCAAUUCCAUUCCACCUCUUCGCAGGCAGUGUGGGGUUAGGGACCCUUCCUCUUUGCUCCCCAAAAUAAACUGGUUAUCUCUACUAUUGGA